AUGGCUAAGGAUGAUUUCAGGAAAAGGAGAAAAAAAAGUGAUAGUAGUAUGGAACAGAAUAGCAGAAGAAAGAGGGGAAAAGAAGGGAGAGGGAAGUCCCCAUUUGCCUCUAGUGAUGAUGAUAGAAAUGAAGGGGAAAGGACAAAAAGGAAAACCAUAAGGAGUAGGUACUCCUCCUAUGAAUCGGAAGAAGGGGAAAGGAAAAUUACAACAUCACAUGAAAAAAGUAGAGGAUACAAAAAAAGCAAAAGGAUAAAUCAAGGGAAAAAAUCUUCACACAGUUCGGAUGAAUAUUACACCAGUAGCAGUGUUGCAUCUUCGCCAAGAAGAGAGAUAUCCACUUCGGAAGGAAGGAAGAAGGAAAAAAUGGACCAUUCCAAGAGUGGGGAGGAAUACAGUAGUGUUGAUUCAGAGGACAAAUCGUCCCAAGGGGGAAGCCCAAGCACCCCCAGUUUGAGCAGCGGAAGGACGUCGGUCAGUAUUGGGAGAGGCUGUAGCACAAAAAAGGGGAGAAAUAAAUCGAAGAGCGCUUCUUCAGAGAAUUCUGAUGAAUGUUGGACCCAUGCGAAAAGAAGGAGACUAAUAAGGGAUGGAGAUGGAGGAGCCAAAAGGGUCAUGCGUGCAAAGCAUAAGCACAAAUCAGGGGAUGAUGAAAACCAGGGAAAGGAACUUGAGAGAAAAAAAAUGAAAAAGGGAAACAGGAAAAGGGAACGACAUCAUAGCAGCAGCAGUGGCGACAGCAACAGUAACAGUAACAGUACUAGUACCAGCGGAAGAUCGGAGGUGAAGAAAAGAAUUCGACCUAAUGAGGGGCGAAGCGAUAAGAGAGAAAAUAGGAGAAGCGAGCCCGCUAGCUCGGAGGACACUGACGUGGGGCGAAAAAUGUCCAAGCGUGGCGAAACUAAAAACUCAGGGAGGAAUAAAAAGAGGGAUGGGAAGGACCAUAUGUCUCAUGCGAGAAAGGAAAGACAAGAUGAUAGGAAUCCCAAGAGGGGGAAAAGAAGAAAAGAUGAACGGUCGGAAUCAUCCAGCUUGGGAAGCGUACGAGGUGGGGAAAGUGAGGAUUCGUCACCACGUCAAAGAAAACGCGAUGCUUCAGCGGGGUCAGAUAAAUCGAGAGAAAGUCGUCACUCCGGGGAUGGGACUAGCAGCAGCGGAGGAUCCUCGAACAGGAGGAGAAGGAGGAGGGGGAAAGGCACUAGUAGCAGCGACAAUAGCGAAAGCAGUGGUAGCAGCGAAAGUGGUGAUCGCAGGUCUGAUGAAGGGAAGAAACGGAAAAAAGGGACCAAACCGGGUCGUAGGAAGUCUCGCGAGGAGGAGAAACAGCACCAAACAGAAGAGGCGUAUGAUCCUUACGCGGAGGAUCAGAACGGAAACCUCGAAAUUAACGAAGAGCUAAUCGAAUACGCCAAGCAGAAAAUCGCCAACGUGACGACUGAGGAUAUAGGAAAGGCAGGAGGAGUGUACAUUCCUCCAUUUAAAUUGGAGAGGUUGAAGAAGGAAGUAACGAAUAAGAAAAGUGCACUCUACCAGAAGCAGGAAUGGUUGAAAUUAAAGAAGAAAAUUAAUAACAUAGUGAAUAAGGUGAAUGUAGAUAAUAUAGGAGAUGUAUGUUACGAAUUAUUUGAAUGUAAUUUAAUCAGAGGGAAGGGUAUAUUCAGUCGUGCACUGAUCCAUGCGCAGCUAAGUUCUCCUGCAUUUACUCACGUUUUUGCAGCUUUGUUAUGUAUUAUCAAUUCGAAGUUUCCAACCAUAGGCUUACUUACCAUACAGAGAAUUAUUCUCCAUUUUAGAAGAUCUUACAAAAGAAACGAUAAAAUUGUCUGUAUGAACAGCGUAAAAUUUAUUGCACAUAUGAUUAACCAGAGAGUUAUUCACGAAAUUGUUGGUCUUCAAUUAUGCUCUAUACUUUUGCAAAAUAUAACGAAUGACUCUGUACAAGUGUGUACGUACUUUUUAGCAGAGGUUGGUGAAUUAUAUAUGAACAUAUGUCGAAAAGGUAUCGAUAUUAUUUUCGAUAGACUAAAGGAUAUUAUACAAGAAGGGAAGAUUAACAUAAAAACGCAAUACGAUAUUGAGAAGCUGUGGACUUAUAGGAAAAAUUAUUUUCGUGAUUUUCCUACGAUCCUUGAAGAUUUAGAUCUCAUUGAUGAAGACGAGAAAAUCGUACACGAAAUCGAUCUUCUGGAUGAGAGUUUUGAGAACCAGGAGGAGUUGAAUAUCUUUAGGGAAGUGACCCCCGAGCAGUACGAGGAGGAGAAUAUCGAGUGGGAAAAUAUUGCCAAUGAGUUGCUUCACGGAGAUGCCUCUGGCGGGAGAAGGAAGGGAAGGAACGCAAGCGAUCAAAGCGACGAAUGUGAUCAGAGGGAUGAAUCUGAUCGAAGUGACGAAAUUGACGGUGCUAGUGCUGGUAGUGACGAGAGCAGCACGGAUUCGGAGAACGACCAUCCCCAGGCACGCGAACACAGUGAUAUCAGUGAUGGAAAAAGUGGCCGCGAUGAUGAGGAGGAGGAGGACGAUGACCAGGCCAAACAGGAAAUAACAGAUAUGACAGAACAGUACCUUAUCAAUCUCAGGAAGAACGUUUACCUCUCCAUCAUGUCUUCUCUGAGUUUCGAAGAAUGUGUCCACAAGUUACUAAAACUGAACAUAAAAAAAGGAUACGAAAUAGAAAUUUGCAAUAUGCUUAUUGACUGUUGUUGCAUGGAAAAGACAUUCCAAAAAUUCUAUGCCCUCCAGGCAGAGAGGUUAUGUAAGCUCAAAAUUAUCUAUCAGGAAAAUUUUCAAAAGUGCUUUCAAAAUUCGUAUAAUACUGCCCAUAGAUUGGAGACAGCCAAAUUAAGGAACUGUGCAAAAUUAUUUGCUCAUUUGUUAUACACUGAUUCAGUAUCAUGGAGCAUUUUUCUCAACAUCAAAUUGUCUGAAGAAGACACUACAUCGUCCACUAGAAUUUUCCUCAAAAUUUUGUUGCAAGAAUUAACUAACAAUUUAGGCAUGCAGGCAUUUUAUCAUAAAAUUAAUCACCCCGCCAUUUCUCCCUUCAUGAGUGGGUUAUUCCCCACAGACAAUGCUCAGGAUAUACGUUUUUGUGUGAAUUUUUUCACAGCCAUUGGCUUAGGCGCCCUCACCACUUCGAUGCGUAAGUUACUUCAGGGAUAA